AAUCUUGGGAAAGCUCUGAUUCGCGGUAUUGCAUUUUCAUGUAAACGAAAUCAGCGGGGAGCAGAUAUUAUAAUACCUCUAUAUAUGGGCACUCUUGAUGAAAACUUUAAUGAAGAUCGUAUUUCAUACAUACUAAUACAAGUUAAAAAUCACUCUACUAAUAGUAGAUAUGAAUAUAAAAAAUCCGCAACUACUUUUCUGUCGCCAGCCUAUGUAGGCAUUGAGGAUCUACCGUACAUGCCAUUUUUGUCCUUGUAUUUGCAAUUAGGUGCAAAAUCAGAGUCAGCUGACGUUCCGUCAAAGUUUACUACAACACGUAACAUGGGUUCCUGCAAGCGUAAAAUUGAAGAAGUACUAAAAGGAUAUGAAACGGAUGCUAAAGAAACAGGAAAGGAAUUUAUCAAGAAGAUUAGACUUGAAAAUAAUAGAGAUUCAGAUGCUUCAGAUUCUGAAAUCAAAGAGUUCCGAGAGCAUUUUCAGACCUCACUUGGAUUGUUUGGACUAUCGUCGAACAUUUACAAUUGCUUAGAGCAGUCUACAUCAAACUCAUCAUCGACCAACGUUAAUGAUAUCACAAAUAGCCUUAAACAUUUAUUGUCUGCUUGGGUUGAUCCUGUGAUGGGAGAAAAUCAAGAAACAAUGGAGAUAGUUAAACGUAUGACUCCAAUGGAAUACGAGUAG